GCCUGACCGAAGUGACCGCGGGCAGGCCGGAAUUGCGCAUGCGCGGAGAGGUUCUGACGGUAGAGCCUAACUGUAAGCGCCUUCGAAGGCAGAGAUUCUGUUCCCAGGUCCUGAUCAGCUCUUCCCAGCCUCAGAGAAGCCAUGAGAGCCUGCCACAUACAGUAUGUCCUGCUCCUCUCUCUGCUGGGCUUCUUCCCCUGCUCAGACACUCUGAUCUGUCAGGAUGGAUCCAUGGUGAAGCUUGGCCAAAACUUCAGUAAAGCUGCAAUUGAAUGGAUCGUAAAUACGACUGUGUCAGAGACAGAUGAUACAGUGAUGUGUCAGGAGACACUCCUGCUCAUAGAUGUAGGCAAAAAAUCUCUCAUACUGGGAAGCAAAGGCGUCAGCAGGGCUCCUAAUAAGACCAAAAAUGUUCACAUGUUUUCUGCUGGACCUGGAAUAGUGGCUGCCUCUUAUGUCCACUACUGUGACACUAACAAGUGCAACAGGGCUACUAGCACCAAUGUCCUACUUGACAACCUGUUACUUUCAGCCUAUGAUGAGCCAGGAAUGACCAAGUGUCCCAUCUGCUUGGAUUUUAGAGGAUCUUGCGAUUUCAACGCCAACAUUACCUUCUGCCCUAAGGACACUAAAUGCUAUGCCAGCGCCUUGGGAAUUCAGGGAGGUAGCCUCAGUACCUUUUUUAGCAUUUUCGGAUGCCUGAACUCAUCUUACACAUUCUUAUUGAACAACCAAAGUUCAAUUGGGACCAUCGGUAUAAGAGAAACCCUUGAGUUAAAUACCAGCAGUUCAUCCUCACAUGUACUUGUCCGGAGCACCCUCCUGGCCUGGAUGUUAGGGCUCAGGGCCCUUCUCAGCCUGUUGUCUACAGAGAUCUGUCCUCUCUCCUGAACCCAUUUCCCGGCCAUUUUUAAUCCCUCUUGGCCACCCAUACCCAGCCCUCCUCUCACUUCAUAACCCAAAGACCUGACACUGGGCACUGUCAGCCUGUGCUUUUUG